CUCUCUCUCUCUCUCUCUCUCCUUUUUCCUCUAUCUGUCUAUCUCUCAGUGUUGCCUGAGACAUGGACCCAGUGAGCAGCAUCUCUCCCUCUCCCUCUCUCCCUCUCUCCAUCACUCUGUGGAUGUGUCUGGUCACUGCUUAUUCCCAUAACUGCGACAACCUCCUGCUGCCCGACCUGCCCCAGACUUCGUUCCGAUCCUCCUCCGAGCUGUCUGGCAGCCACAGCCCAGCGUUCGCCAAGCUGAACCGAAGGGAUGGUGCCGGAGGUUGGUCCCCGCUGGAGUCCAACCGGCCCCAGUGGCUGCAGAUAGACCUGGGCGAGAGGACGGAGAUCACGGCCGUGGCCACACAGGGCAGGUACGGGAGCUCGGACUGGGUGACCAGCUACGCCCUGAUGUUCAGCGACUCGGAGAGCAACUGGAAACAAUACCGGCAUCAAGACAGCAUCUGGAUCGCUGGUCAGGGGCAGUUUGGAAUAUCGUGUGAAGAGUUGGGUUCCCUUCGAAAGGAAAUGGCAAAAAUUGGUGACGGUCGACAGAAGAGUGCCGGAGGUUGGUCCCCGCUGGAGUCCAACCGGCCCCAGUGGCUGCAGAUAGACCUGGGCGAGAGGACGGAGAUCACGGCCGUGGCCACACAGGGCAGGUACGGGAGCUCGGACUGGGUGACCAGCUACGCCCUGAUGUUCAGCGACUCGGAGAGCAACUGGAAACAAUACCGGCAUCAAGACAGCAUCUGGGCCUUCUCCGGGAACUCCAACGCAGACACGGUGGCUCACCACAAGCUGCAAUACUCCAUCAGGGCCAGGUACAUCCGCUUCGCACCGCUCCAGUGGAACCCCAACGGGAGGAUAGGGAUGCGGGUGGAGGUCUACGGCUGCUCCUACAAGUCGGACGUGGCGGACUUUGACGGCCGGAGCUCGCUGCUGUACAGAUUCAACCAGAAGACGGUCAGCACCGUGAAGGACAUGAUCUCGCUCCAGUUCAGGAGCACGGAGAGCGAGGGGGUGAUCCUGCACGGAGAGGGGCAGAGGGGGGACUACAUCACACUGGAGCUCAGCAAAGGCAAAGUCUCCCUGCAGCUCAACCUGGGCGACACGAAGCUGCAGUCGGUGAACGGCCACACCUCGGCCACCCUGGGCAGUCUGCUGGACGACCAGCACUGGCACUCGGUCACCAUCGAACGGUACAACAAGCAGGUGAACUUCACCGUGGAUCAGCACACGCAGCACUUCCGCACCAGGGGCGAGUUCGACUACCUGGACAUCGACUACGAGCUUAGCUUCGGAGGGAUCCCGGUGCCUGGCAAGUCGGUGACCUUCCUGAGGAAGAACUUCCGCGGCUGCCUGGAAAACCUUUACUACAACGGGGUCAACAUCAUCGACCUGGCCAAGAGGCACAAACCUCAGAUACACGUCCUGGGGAACGUGAGCUUCUCCUGCUGGGAGGCCCCGGUGGUGCCGGUGACGUUUGGCAGCUCGGGCAGUUACCUGGUGCUCCCGGGGCGGCCCCGGAUGGAUGGGCUGUCGCUCAGCUUCCAGUUCCGCACGUGGAACGGGGACGGACUGCUGCUGUACAGCCGACUUCCCGGGACAGCCGGGGCUCUCCGCGUCCGGAUCAGCAACGGGAAACUCCGCAGCAACAUCCGGAAAUCCUCGCGGAGCCAAGCCGACAUCACAGCAGGGGCCGACCUGAACGACGGGCAGUGGCACUCGGUCCGCCUGAACGCUCGAAGGAACCGGGUCAGCGUGAUCCUGGACAACAACGGCACCUCCACCUUCCACUCCACCACCCAGACGCCCAUCUUCUCCGGGAGCAGCUAUUAUUUCGGAGGCUGCCCCGAAAACGCCAGCAGCGCCGACUGUUCCAACGGCUUCGGUAAUUUCGAAGGCUGCAUGAGGCUCAUACUGAUCGAUAAUCAACCGGUGGAUCUGAACCUGGCCGGACAAGGCUCUCAGGCCAACUUCACCGACCUGCACAUCGACGUGUGUGGCAUCCUGGACAGGUGUUUGCCCAAUUACUGCGAGCACGGGGGGGAGUGCUCGCAAUCCUGGAGCACUUUUUACUGCGACUGCACGGGGACAGGAUACACCGGGGAGACCUGCCACAGAUCUCUGUACGAAAAGUCGUGCGAGGCGUACAGACAUAAAGGGAGCCCGUCAGAUUUCUUCUCCGUCGACCCUGAUGGUAGCGGACCUCUGGGACCACUCCUCGUCUACUGCAACAUGACAGAGGACAAGACCUGGACCGUGGUGCAGCACAACAACACGGAGCUGACACGGGUACAAGGCUCGAGCGCGGGCAAACCCCAGCUCGUGCACUUCAGCUACACGGCUAACAUGGAGCAGCUCCGAGCUCUGAUCGACAGCAUGGACCACUGCGAACAGAACGUAGCCUAUCACUGCAGAAGGUCACGUCUCCUCAGCACCCCCGGUGAUACCCCGUUGACGUGGUGGAUUGGGAGGACCAACGAGAAGCAGACGUACUGGGGGGGCGCGACCCCCGGGUCCCAGGAAUGUGGCUGUGGACUGGACGGGAGCUGCCUGGACCCCCAGCGCGGCUGUAACUGCGACGCUGACCGGGACCAAUGGUAAGAGACAGCUGACUGCACUCGGGGCAGAUUGUCCCGCUGAGCAAAGCUGCUUCUGUCAGCCGAGCAGCGCUUGGGAUAAAGGGAAACAAG